GAAAAACCGUGAGAACGGCGGGCACAGCCCCCCCCACCCCCCCAUCCUUCUGGGGUGAAGCAGCGUAGACACCGACAUCCACAGCCCGCAGCUCCAAAGCAGGGGAUUCGCUGGGCCCCUGCUUCUGUCAAAACAGAAGACGCCCAUGGCAACCGGCAAGUGUUGCCUGAAACUGCAGAGUGUGUGUUUACCCAAACAGGGGUGGCUCACUGACAGCGUCGCCCAGCGAGACUCUGGCCAGGCGCCCGCGAGGCGGCGGGUGGUCGCGGGGGGCGGGGACGCCGUCCCUGCGGGGAGAGGCCGGCGCCCGGCCGCGCGGAGAGCCGCAGCCGCCGCCACUCGGGGCCGGGCGGGACCCGCGGGCCAUCGACCUCCGCCUGCCGACCCGGAGGUGCGACCGCCGCCGGUCAGCCGCGUGGCCCGCGCUCGGCGGACGCCGGCCGGGUUCUGUCCGCAGCCGCCUGCGGCUACGGCUCCGCGGCGGCGCGGGGUUUUCGGGAGCCGUCAAAACGGCCCUCUCCCCGCCCGGAAGGUUCGCGCGCGAACUGCUUCUGUGCUGUUUCCCCUUCCCCUGUCUCUCUCAGGAUUAGUAUGGUAAAGGGGGGGCGGGGGCGGUGGUGGUGCAGUUUUUUAUUUUGAAAAUGACUUUCAGGCCAGUGUCGUGCCAAGUGUGCAGUCCAAUAGCCCCAUUUUAUGGAUGAGGACACUGAGGUCCAGUGAGAUCGGAUCUGAAGUCACGCUGCUGGUGAGCGGCCAAGCCAGAGAGAGACACAGCGAGAGAAGGAACACAAGCAGGGGGAGUGGGAGAGGGAGAAGCAGG